AUGGCUCCAUCUUCACUCAAAAAGCUCGGGGCAGCUAUAGCCUUCGCUUCCGUUGGACGGGUUGCCGCCCACUCCUCUCCUGACCUCCUGGGAAAUGUUGUGGAUGCGAUAUUUGGCGAGGAGCCAACACCAACACACUCUCACACCACGAGCUACGUUACCGGAACAUCAACGACCGUCAACGAUGCCGGCGAGACCACCGUUGUCGUCGUUGUCGGCACGACGAUCUGCCCCGUUACCGCCGCCGAAGCCUCCGAGAGCUCUGUCCUGGCUACCGCGAGUAGCCCCGUCCCGGUGCUGACCACGGCGACGUCUGAGACGGCUGCUGUGGCAGUGACACCAUCAUCUGCACCUUCAGGCUCUGGCGUAGGCAGCACCUCGCUCCUACAGCCUGCUGUGAACUCGACUUCUGUCGCGAUGACUACCAGCACAAUCUUCACGACCCACUCUUCGACGAUCACCGCUUGCCCUACCGCUGCAUCCGAUUGCAGCGUUGGAGAUGUUACCACUGUUGUUGUUGCGCUUUCAACAACUAUCUGCCCUGUGACCGCUACUGAGAGCGCAAGCAACUCUACCGUUCGGCCAACCGCGUCUGGAAAUGUCCCUGGCUUCGGCACGUCAAGGACUGGCGCCCUCGGAGCCACAACCUUGACCAGAUCUCCAUCCCAGUCGACCUCUGUGUCCUCGAAGACCAAGGGCUCUGCAUCGUCUUCAGUCCGCGUCCAGUCCACCAUCACCAGCUCUAGUGUCGUCCUAACGACUGUCUCUGCCUCCAGCUCGUCUGAGUCGGAGUCAUCCGGAACAGUGCUCGAGAUGGCCACGGGCUCACCGUCCGAUUAUUCCGCCAUCUACACGGACGCUACCGAGGUCGUGUCGGUCCCUUCUGUUACAGCGACUCCCACGGACUACAGCGGCGCGCUCAUGAGCCUCGCUAGCUCGGUGGAGGCCUCCUCGGCGGAGCAGACCGGCAGCAACGGGUGCACGGGCAUGGAUUGCAUUGUGGUGCAGUCGAACUCGGGGGUCAAGAGCAAAAUGAACGCCAGCGGGUUUGCGCUGGUCGCGCUUGCUGGUGCUGUGUUCUUGCUUUAG